AUUAUGAUUAACGCUGGGUGCGGGGACUCGGCGGCCGGGAGGGAGUCGUCGGCGCCGCGGCCGCUGCGGACGGACGCUCGCCUGCUGGCUGAGAUAUUUCAUGACUGAAAACAAAUAUACUAAAAGGAAAGCAAUAGGUCAGGUGAAAAAAGCAGAAUACAUGAUAUGAAGUUAUAUAUAAAAUGAUCAUACCUUUGUAAAACAAAAUAAAGAAGAAGCUGUGUAAAAUACUUGCAGGAGGACCACCAAGAUAUUAAUAGUGCCGAGCUUCAGAGGAAAAAGAAGCAACUAACAAAAUACUGUAAUAACAAGGAUUAUUCAAUAUGCGGUUUGCAGGGUAUGUUUUGGAGCUGGUACAGAGUCACCUUUACUUUCUAUAAGCCACAUCUUAAUAUUCUGCAUUGGUGUUCAGAUGUCCAUGGCGACAUUGAAAAUGAAUUCCUUAUUUUCACCAGAUAUAUGAGAAGAUUCAUCUUAGACAGUCUAAAUACUUUUCCUUCUGCUGGACCAGCAUGGCAGGAUUCAAGCGAGGGUGAAAAAGUGGCAGUAAAAGUUAUUGACAAGACAAAACUGGACACUCUAGCCACUGGUCAUCUUUUCCAAGAAGUGAGAUGCAUGAAACUAGUGCAGCAUCCCAACAUCGUACGCCUUUAUGAAGUUAUUGACACCCAGACCAAACUGUAUCUUAUUCUAGAACUUGGGGAUGGAGGAGACAUGUUCGAUUACAUAAUGAAACACGAGGAGGGGCUUAACGAAGACUUGGCCAAGAAGUACUUUGCUCAGAUAGUUCAUGCCAUAUCUUAUUGCCAUAAACUCCAUGUGGUUCACAGAGACUUAAAACCUGAGAAUGUGGUCUUCUUUGAAAAACAAGGUCUUGUAAAGUUGACAGACUUUGGCUUCAGCAACAAAUUUCAACCAGGGAAGAAGCUCACUACAAGCUGUGGAUCUCUUGCAUAUUCUGCGCCAGAAAUUCUGCUUGGUGAUGAGUAUGAUGCACCCGCAGUAGAUAUAUGGAGUCUGGGAGUGAUCCUUUUCAUGUUGGUGUGUGGGCAGCCACCCUUUCAAGAGGCCAAUGACAGUGAAACGUUGACAAUGAUCAUGGAUUGCAAAUACACAGUGCCAUCCCAUGUGUCUAAAGAGUGUAAAGACCUCAUCACACGGAUGCUACAGAGAGAUCCCAAGAGAAGGGCCUCUUUAGAAGAGAUUGAAAACCAUCCUUGGCUUCAGGGAGUGGACCCUUCGCCAGCCACGAAGUACAACAUCCCCCUCGUGUCAUACAAGAACCUCUCGGAAGAGGAGCACAACAGCAUCAUUCAGCGCAUGGUGCUUGGGGACAUAGCGGAUCGGGACGCCAUCGUCGAAGCCCUGGAAACCAACAGGUAUAACCACAUCACAGCCACCUACUUCCUGCUUGCUGAAAGGAUCCUGAGGGAAAAGCAAGAGAAAGAAAUACAAACCAGGUCUGCAAGCCCUAGCAAUAUCAAGGCCCAGUUUAGGCAGUCAUGGCCAACCAAAAUUGAUGUGCCCCAGGACCUUGAGGAUGACCUCACGGCCACUCCUUUGUCCCACGCGACUGUCCCUCAGUCUCCUGCUCGGGCCGCCGACAGUGUCCUCAAUGGCCACAGGAGCAAAGGCCUGUGUGACUCCGCCAAGAAAGACGACCUUCCCGAGCUAGCGGGCCCGGCGCUCUCCUCCGUGCCGCCCACGAGCCUGAAACCCCCUGCCAGUGGGCGCAAGUGCCUGUUCCGGGUGGAAGAAGACGAAGAGGAAGACGAGGAGGACAAGAAGCCCAUGUCCCUCUCAACACAAGUGGUUUUGCGCAGGAAGCCAUCGGUGACCAACCGGCUGACAUCGAGGAAGAGCGCCCCGGUCCUGAACCAGAUCUUUGAGGAGGGGGAGUCUGACGACGAGUUCGACAUGGAUGAGAAUCUGCCUCCCAAGCUGAGCCGCUUGAAGAUGAACAUCGCUUCCCCGGGGACGGUGCACAAGCGCUACCACCGGCGGAAAAGUCAGGGCCGGGGCUCCAGCUGCAGCAGCUCGGAGACCAGCGACGACGACUCGGAGAGCCGGCGGCGGCUCGACAAGGAUAGCGGCUUCACCUACUCCUGGCACCGCCGGGACAGCAGCGAGGGGCCCCCGGGCAGCGAGGGGGACGGCGGGGGCCAGAGCAAGCCGAGCAACGGCGGCGGGGGUGCGGACAAGGCCAGCCCCAGCGAGAACAGCGCGGGCGGGGGCAGCCCGGCGGGCGGCUCGGGCGGCGCCCCCGGCGGCACCUCGGGCAGCACGCGCCGCUGCGCCGGGCCGGGCGGUGGCUCCUCGCAGCUGGCCCCGCGCGGCGCCGGGGAGCUGGUGGAGAGCCUCAAACUCAUGGGCCUCUGCCUGGGCUCCCAGCUGCACGGGAGCGCCAAGUACAUUCUCGACCCGCAGAAUGGCUUGUCGUUUUCCAGCGUGAAGGUCCAAGAGAAGUCCACGUGGAAGAUGUGCAUCAGCUCCGCGGGGAACGCGGUGCCCGCCCCUGCCGUGGGCGGCAUGAAGUUCUUCUCUGACCAUGUGACGGACACCACCGCCGAGUUGGAACGCUUAAAGAGCAAGAACCUGAAAAACAACGUGCUCCAGCUACCUCUGUGCGAAAAGACCAUCUCUGUGAACAUCCAGCGGAACCCCAAGGAGGGGCUGCUGUGCGCCUCCAGCCAGGCCAGCUGCUGCCACGUCAUUUGACCGCGGCCCCCCCUUCGUCCCCCGUCGCUGGCUCCCGUCCUGCUCAGAGCAGUGAAGACCGGCUCACUUCACUCUCCCCUUUUUGGUUUUCCUCGUUUAAAGCGGGCAAUUAUUUAUUCCUUUCUCAUUUGGUCGCCUGACGAUGUGACAAUGCAUGGUCUUUGUGCAUGCUGCUAGACACUACUUUUCCAGCCGAAAAGUCUCUUUGUGUAAUUUUUACAUUUAUAAUUUUAAUGUGGAUGAUCAGGAGUAAAUUAAAAUGUGUAUUUGGAACCUAAUAUAAACGGAGCACUUAGAAAUCUGAUGUUCUGCACUUAACCUAGAGAGAGAGAAAAAAAUGCUUUUGUUUCCUUGUGAAAAAUCUAAAUUCCUGCCCCGACCUUCUGUGAAAUGGAAACUCCGUGCUCUGAGGCACACGCUGGUGUCUGAGGCAGAACCAAAGCAAUAACGUGAUGCCAACAGGCCUGGAGCCCGCGAGUGUGUGCACACUCAGCCUUCUGAGGCCUGAGCAGAGCAGAGUCCAGCCAGCGUCUGCACUGACAACCUUAAAACCAUGAUUUCGGCAUACCCACACCUGUUUGUCUUAAGCUAUAGUGUGAAAGUUUGGGCUCUUAAAAUUUAACUGAAAAAGAUUUCCUUGUUUUGUAACAGGCGAGAUAAAGUAGUUAGAUUUAUAAGGCAGCUUCCCCUGUAGUGGUAACUUAGAAGCAGACAAUCUCAUUUUGUAAUGUGACAAGGUGAACUGAUGAUGUCUUAACUCUACGUAUAGAGUACGAGUCUGUCUAACAGAACAAAACUGAUGCUCGGUGUGGAUUCCUUCCUGCGGGGCACACCCCAGGGCCCCUUUACCACCAUGUAGGUAGAAGAAACUGUAGAGCCUAAUGUAGAAGCCAAGGUGCACACAGAUACUGGCAAAGUCAAAACCCCAUAAAUUAAAAAAAAUUAUUGACAUUUGAUUUUUAGGAGUUUGAUCAUUAGGUUGUCUUUUUUGUUUCUACAUCCUUUAGCUCAGCUACCUGUGAAAAUUGGCUGAUUGGAAAAUACACAUAAAUGGGUAAAAUUCAUACACAUACAGCAAACAAAAAUGCACAAUGCCUGCUUUGUUUUUGUGGUUUUUUUUGUUUUUUUUUUUUUGCUGGAAGUGUUUUUCACUUUGCCUUCCUGCCAAAACAAUAAUCAGAAAACUCUUGCUUUAAACUAUUCCUGUACAAAGACUACUUUUGACCAGAUAAUCAUCUUUUAUGGCUUUUAUCUUAUAGGACACAGUAUAUUGUAGGCUAGUCAUUUCGGAAGGGGCCAGAUGCUACUUUUUCAUGCUGUGCCCUGGGGGGCCUUGAAAGCAAUUCCUGGUGACACUGGUGAGAGGAUGUGGCUGGCCUCCAGGGCCUUCCCACACUCAUGGGCCUCCCGUCAUGUCUCUGCAGUGACAGUCGCCUGGUGCGUGGCGUGGGCAGAGCACCAAAGGACAGCAUUCCAUUGGUCACGGUUUCUCCGAGAACACGCUGACUCUGCUCCUUUAGGAUUCAUAUAUUUUACUCAGAACUCUGAAUUUCACAGUAUACUUAACUAAGUAAAUAUGAUACUCAAAAUACUUAUUUUACUUUCUAGACCUAGACUAGAUACGUUUUAAGCUACAGCUCUAGUUCAUUGUGAUAUUUAUAAUUGAAAGCUACGAGAAUAGAUGUGUGGGUGAAGCCAUAGAACAUAUUUGCUUGAAAUUCUUGAGCAGGGAUCUUACAAAGGGCCAGAAAUAAGAUGUGUGGUUCACAUAGACAGUGAGCGUAACAUCUGUAUUAAACGUAGGAGAGAAGUUUAUAAAGGGCAUUGGCAAUAAACUCUUUGUUGCAGCUGUUUUCCAAGUAAUGUAAAUAGUUUUUCCUGUGAUUAUGUAUAGCCUUGGAAUGGCACCUUUUAACUAACCCAUAUGUGUUUGGUUUUCAAUGGUUUUUUUAUAUUCAGAUGUAUAUAUGGUGCUCACUUUUAGGAUCAGCAGUGUUGACCAUUUAUGCUGCAUAGCUGUAUCAUAGCCUUAUUAGUUGUGUGUGGUUGGUUGACCCUCUGGGUACACAGGUGUUAGUCUGAGUGGCGUCUUCCUCAUUUGUUCAUAAGUGAAUGAUUGUGCAUGUGUUGUAUGUCAUAGUACGUCGUCACAUAAAAGGGAGGGGAGCAGAUAACCAUUAUAUUAAGAUAAUAUUGGACCAAACGACUUACUUGCUCUAAACAGUUUCUUGUACCCCUUAACCUGUCUUCAGAAGUUGCAUAGUUACAGUAGUGUGUAAAUUAAAUAUUGUGGAAAAAACAA